GCCUCUGCGCUUGGGGAGAGCUCGGGCAUCCUGGCGGAAGGGCUCUGCUUAGAAACAGCUCUGGGAAAUGGUUCCUCCCCCUGGAUGUAGUCACAGCAUGGUAAAUUCCAUCUGAAAAAUAAAAGCGGAGCUCUUUGCUGAGUCAUAGAAGCUUCAGAGCUGAUUUGCACAAGCCGGGCUGAGUCUGGACAAGCUGAGAAAGAUUCAGUCAAGACAAGAAAUGGGUGAGAAGAGCAGAAACUGUGAGGGUUUGAGAACGUGAGUGAGAAAAUGUAGCAGAUCAACAGCUGAGGCGACACCUGCCAGGAGCUUGGUGUGGACACCCCAGCCUAGACGGAGCAUCUGCCCCGGGUGUCCCUCUGGCCAUCCAGCCUCACCAUGUCAAAGAAGGGCACAGGCAGCCGGGCCAAAGGAGACAAGGCGGAGGCUCUUGCUGCACUACAGGCCGCCAACGAGGAGCUGCGAGCCAAGCUCACGGACAUCCAGAUCGAGCUGCAGCAGGAGAAGAGCAAGGUCAGCAGAGUGGAGCGGGAGAAGAGCCAAGAGCUGAGGCAGAUACGUGAACACGAGCAGCGCAAGCACGCAGUCUUGGUCACAGAGCUCAAGACCAAGCUGCACGAGGAGAAAAUGAAGGAGCUGCAGGCUGUGCGUGAGGCACUGCUGCGGCAGCAUGAAGCCGAGCUUCUGAGGGUCAUCAAGAUCAAGGAUAACGAGAACCAGCGGCUGCAGGCGCUGCUCAACACCAUGCGCGAUGGCGCACCUGACAAGGUCAAGACAGUGCUCCUGUGUGAGGCCAAGGAGGAGGCCAAGAAGGGGUUCGAGGUGGAGAAAGUCAAAAUGCAGCAAGAGAUCACAGAGCUCAAGGGGGCCAAGAAGCAGGUAGAGGAGGCCCUGACACUAGUGAUCCAGGCAGACAAGAUCAAGGCUGCAGAGAUCAGGAGUGUGUACCAUCUGCACCAGGAGGAGAUCAGCCGCAUCAAGAAGGAGUGUGAGCGAGAGAUCCGCAGGCUGAUGGAGGAGAUAAAAUUUAAAGACAGAGCAGUCUUCGUGCUGGAGAGAGAGUUAGGGGUUCAAGCCGGGCAUGCCCAAAGACUGCAGCUUCAGAAAGAGGCUCUAGAUGAGCAGCUUUCCCAGGCCAGAGAGGCUGAGCGGCACCCAGGCAGCCCCAGACGGGAACUUCCUUAUGCAAGCGGUGCAGGAGACGCCUCAGACCACUCAGGAAGCCCUGAACAGCAGUUGGAUGAAAAAGAUGCCCGGCGCUUCCAACUUAAAAUUGCAGAGUUAAGUGCCAUCAUUCGUAAACUGGAGGACCGCAAUGCCUUGCUGUCAGAAGAAAGGAAUGAGCUGUUAAAGCGUUUAAGAGAAGCUGAAAGUCAGUACAAGCCACUGCUGGAUAAGAACAAACGCCUUACUCGGAAAAAUGAAGAUUUGUCUCACACAUUACGGCGAAUAGAAAGCAAGUUGAAAUUUGUCACCCAGGAGAACAUGGAAAUGAGGCAGAGAGCCGGGAUCAUCCGAAGACCCAGCUCCCUCAACGACCUUGACCAAAGUCAGGAUGAGAGGGAGGUGGACUUCCUGAAGCUUCAAAUUGUAGAGCAGCAGAGCCUCAUUGAUGAGCUCUCCAAGACCCUCGAAACUGCUGGCUAUGUAAAGAGCGUGUUAGAGCGUGAUAAGCUUUUAAGGUAUCGGAAACAAAGAAAGAAAAUGGCGAAGCUCCCCAAGAAGCCAGUUGUCGUGGAGACUUUCUUUGGAUAUGAUGAAGAAGCUUCCUUGGAAUCCGACGGUUCUUCCAUCUCUUAUCAAACUGACAGGACAGACCAGACCCCUUGCACACCAGACGAUGACUUGGAGGAGGGCAUGGCCAAGGAAGAGACGGAGCUGCGGUUCCGCCAGCUGACCAUGGAGUACCAGGCGCUGCAGCGAGCCUAUGCCCUGCUGCAGGAGCAGGUUGGAGGAACCCUGGAUGCAGAGCGAGAAGUUAAGACUCGUGAGCAGCUUCAAGCAGAGGUGCAGAGGGCACAGACACGGGUGGAGGACCUGGAGAAGGCACUGGCCGAGCAGGGGCAGGAUAUGAAAUGGAUUGAAGAGAAGCAAGCACUGUAUCGAAGAAAUCAGGAGCUUGUAGAAAAGAUAAAACAAAUGGAGAUGGAGGAGGCCCGACUCAAGCAUGAUGUCCAGGACGCAAAGGAUCAGAACGAACUGCUGGAGUUCAGGAUCCUGGAGCUCGAGGAGAGGGAGAGGAAAUCGCCUGCCAUCAACUUCCACCACACACCCUUCGUGGAUGGGAAGAGCCCCCUCCAGGUGUACUGCGAGGCUGAAGGCGUGACGGACAUCCUGGUUACAGAGCUAAUGAAGAAGCUGGACAUCCUGGGGGAUAACGCCGUAAGUAACCUGACCAAUGAAGAGCAAGUGGUUGUCAUACAAGCCAGGACAGUCUUGACCUUGGCAGAGAAGUGGCUCCAACGGAUUGAAGAGACUGAGUCAGCACUGCAGCGGAAGAUGGUGGAUCUGGAGAGUGAGAAGGAGCUGUUCAGUAAACAGAAGGGCUACCUGGAUGAAGAGCUGGACUACAGGAAGCAGGCCCUAGACCAAGCCCACAAGCACAUCCUGGAGCUGGAAGCCAUGCUGUAUGAUGCCCUGCAGCAAGAGGCUGGGGCCAAAGUGGCAGAGCUGCUGUCAGAAGAGGAGCGCGAGAAGCUCAAGGUGGCGGUGGAGCAGUGGAAGCGCCAAGUCAUGAGCGAGCUGCGGGAGCGGGAUGCACAGAUCCUGCGGGAGCGCAUGGAGCUGCUGCAGCUAGCGCAGCAGAGAAUUAAAGAGUUAGAAGAAAGAAUAGAAGCUCAGAAGAGACAAAUUAAAGAACUGGAAGAAAAGCUUUCAUUCUCUGGUCAUAGCUGCUCUUGGCACCCCGAUGAGCCUCCCGUGGAGCCAUACCCCUAUCCUCCAGCAGGACCAGAGAGCAGUGGAUGCUGGCAACAAAAUGGGACAUUGUGUCUCAUGCCCGAAGACCCCAAAGGGUUUGAUCAUCGUGCAGCUGUCCUGUGCAGGAUGAGGGGGAAGCAGAGCCUUGAGUGGGGGCCUCUGUCCACUUGGGAUGAGCUAGAAUCAGAACUAUCUUUGCUGGCUGGGGCUUCUCUAAGACAGGCCUGGCCUUGGCUGCUGGCCCCUGGCCCUCUUCUCACAAGGCAGCCUCCAUCCCAGUCAUGGGGAUGUGUGAUGUUCCCUGCCAAGCAGGGGUAAGAGCCGCUCCAAUGCAGGAGCAAGCCCUCCUCCUGGUUACCAUAGUAACUGUCAGUGUCCUCCAAGGAAGAGCUUCAGAAACAACCCAAGCUCAUCCCCAAUAACAAAAUGAAGACUGACUUCAGUGGCAACCUCCGUUCAGGGGAACCGGGAGGGUUCACUGGGGACAGCCCCAGGAGGGUUCUCUGUGACACCUUGAGUGCACAGUGAUGCUGUGACUCACUCCUAAGCACUCACUGGUGGACAAAUCUCACACCCACCCUCGUUCUGGGGACAGAUGAGAGCUUUGGCUACUUCUGGCCUCCUCAUCUCACCUGGAGACUGGAAGGCCAAAAGCUCAUGACAAACCACAGACCAGAAGUACAGUGGGACCAGAAGAGGGAUGAGGAGCGCUGUAAGCUGACAUGAGAUGAGGCUGCAGAGCAACCGGAAAGAAGCCUGAUGCCAGAGAACACGGAUGUGACCGCACAGCCCCAGAAACCACAGAUGCCUGGGGCACCCGGUAUACGUAGCCUGGAAGCUCCACAGCAGGCCAGCUGGGCCUGAGGGCUGCACGUGGCCAGGGGUGGCCAAAGAUGGCCUGGUCCAGAACCUUCGCACACAGGAGCAGGGCCCAGGUGAGGAUACACAGUAUGCCUGUGGUUCUGCGGAUGCAAGAAGGGCGCCUGGAGUCCAGUGGCCUGCAGAGAGAAAACAGUGCACCAAUAAAGGCAGUUUCAAGUGUGAUUUCCAUUCCUGCCAGAUGAUCCAGUCUAUAACCCAGGAAAGUCUUCCUGCACUUGGAUAAGCCUGACUCCUUGGUUGAGAGGUUCUUCUGUUGUCAUCACAUCCUUGAUGGUCUAAGAUUGUUCCCCUCAGUGCUUCAGUUAGAAGAGGCAUGUACAUCUGCACAUGUGUUCAUGCAAGUCCUCACUCAACCAGAGAACAACAACAAAAACAUAGCCCUUUUGAGGCACCUAGAAGUUGAUGCACUAGGUGUGCCAUAUGCAUCCACGUGUGAGUGUAACAUACAGCAUUGCAUUUUAAAAAAAAACAGUAGCUGGAGGGAGGAAUGACUGUGUUGUCUGGAAGUAUUAAGUUCAUUUUAUAUUUGUGUCAGAAGAAUUGUUCCACUCUGAUGCAGAUGUGGUGGACCAGCCAUGGUUCCCUAGGUUGAAAUCUGGGGAAUGCUUCAUAGGAUCAGACAGAUAUGCUUUUUCUUUCAUGGGUGCAGAAUUUCUGCUGGGAAAUGCACUAUUAAUUGCACUUCUCCAAGAGGGACCUAUUCUUUCUGUUGUCAUUCAAACUAUAGUCCAUGCUUCACUUGGACAAGGCACUGGCCUAGUUCCCUGCCUCUCUAGUUAAACCUGAUGUUGAGGUUUGUCUCAAGUCUGAAAUCUUGUGUAUUCCUCCAUGCAUAGUUUUGUCUCGUUUUAAUGGCUGCAUCCUCUUGGAACAUACUCGGAACUAAAUGGCAAACAAUAACCUACAUUAAGUGCUUCCACAGAGCUAUGGAUGAACCACUGGGUUAAAGUCUGAUGGAUUCUGCAAUGCAGACAUCCAAGAAAUGUUGAAACUCCAUGUGGUCCCCUGCCAGCCUGCAUCCCAUGGGGAAAGCUCCUGGCUGGGAUCCAACGUGAACCUGCAAGAGAAAAGCAGCCAAUUUGGUUCUAAGGAUGUGCUUUUGAGACUCAACCCAAAUUCACAUCCCUCUGUUUUAGUUCGAUUAUCAUGAUUUUGCAUGUUGUGUGUGUCUGGAGUACUUCAUAUACCCUCCCAUCCACUCCAGUCACUCUAAAUCACAGUUCUGUAAUUUUAAAAAAAGACAAACUAUACAGGGAAGAAAAGCAUGUAAAUAUGUACCAAUGCUUAUGAAGUUAUUGUUCAUAUGUAAAAAGUUUGUACAUAGGGAAGGAAAAUGGCUCUAUGAAUGUUUUAAAUAAUAUCCUAUGAACCAAACUGCAUUUGUACUCCUGCCACAUUCCUGAAAACACAUAUUUAGUUGGGAUGUCAUCCCCCUCUUUCGGUGUCAUUAUUUUCAUGCAUAUGUCAUAGCAUCUUCUUUUAUCUGAUUACAAAAUCAGAACUGGGCUUUAGCAAAAAAGCCAGUAUUAGCAUUUAUCACUCAUUCUUGCUGAGGAGCAUCUGAGGAGUUCAAGCGUUUUAAAAAUAAGGUGCAUUUUCUAAAUCCCAGACUGUACCUUCUUUUUUAUUGAAACAGUGGGCUGGGCUGAAUUUCCUUGACCAUUUGUCUCUUAUCACUAGCUCUUCAAACAGGAAAAUCAGUUUUAAAGGCACUGCCCUGAAGAAGCAAGAGGAGGGAUGCUGAAAUGUGGCCAGGAAUACUUACUGUGUAACUGAGACAUAUGCAUCUAUAUCAUGUCAUAUAGCAUGGCCGUACUGUGUUACAGUGCAAAGAACAAUGUUUCAGUUCGUCUAAACUAGAAAUCCAUGUAAAAUACAGAUUCCUUUGUGGACACCCAUGUGGUGUUCACCUUGUCUCCAUGGUUGAGUUCCAUUUGUCGAAGGCCUGUGGCUGUGACUUAAGGUCUCUGCCCUCGCAGAAUCUGUAGCCUUCAGGAAACCUGAGUGCCUUACGUGGCUUGUGAACACCAACUGGGAGUCAAAAGGGGGUGGUGCAAUGUGGCUUUAAGGCAUGGACAGCUCAUCAGCACUUGCCAUCACUCCAUCAUUGAAACCUUAAGAUGGGUUGUGUGUUUUCUACAAAGUAAUGGAUUUAAGUUUAGGCUCAGGAAAAUCAUAUUGUGAAUAUAUGUAAGCAUAUAUUUGUUUACUGUAUAUUUUUAAAAGCUUUAUUGUAAAUUUAUGCAAAAAUUAACAGGAUUUGUUUUCUUAUGGCAAUAUGCCAGGCAGUAUUUGUGUUCUCUGAGGCAUUUCCUUAAUUACUACAUUCUUAACAUGUGAUACUCUGUUCAAUACUAAACAGUAUUCGCAGGCCUAAACUAGGUUUCUAUGGUGACCCACUACAAAAUUUUACACAUAUUUUUGUAUUGUAAUUCCUAUGAUAUACCAGAGAAUUUUUACUUAUUUGUAAAUUAUUGUACAGUUUUAAUAAAAAUUGUUUUAAA